CUGUCGAACUAGCGGAACACCAUCGUCGUCCCGCGCUCACCACCCAUCUGGGCGCCACCGCCUUUACCCACGCGGAUCCCAGCAGACAAGGACCAGGACCCCACCCACCCAUGGCCGCCCGCACGGCUCAACUUCCGCACCUGCCCAUUAGAACCCCUCUUCCGGGCACUACCCAUCACUCGCCCACGCUUUCUCUGCGGUCCUUCGACAUCAUCACGGACCGACACUCGCUGCGCGAGCUGCUGGUGUUCCUGGGAAGCGACGCGGCCGAGUUCCAGAUCAACGCCGAGGUGGUCGCGAAUACCCUACUACUGCUAGCGGCGCAGGGAAGGGGCUGGGGCCCCGCGAAUGAGGGGUAUGGCAAGAGUCUUGAGCGGAGGUUCACAAGGAGACAAGAGUGCUCCCGGGAGAGUGUGACCCAUUGCCGUGCGGUAGAGUAUACGCCCGGAGGGUUGAGGAUGCUGGUGCGCUUCGAGGUCGAUGCGUGUAUUGCGGAGGAGGAGGCCGCCGGGGAGAAGGAGGAGGCGGCCGCCGGGGAGAAGGAGGAGGCGGCCGCCGGGGAGGAAGGGGAGGGUUCAGAUUACGGUGAUGGUUAUGGUGGUGGUUUACCUUGCGAUAUUCUCGUUUGUGCCCCGAUUCUUCUACUCCAGCGUGGAGUACCUACCGAUGGCUGACCGUUGCGAGAACAGUUUUAUCGGCGGGACGUACAACAA